AUGUCACUACGAUCACAUACGGCCAUAAAUGUCAAGGCUGUGCUGAAGUGCUACUUGCAGGUUUCGGCGAUCGAGUUUGCAAUGGUUUCGUCUGACCUGUGCCGCCUUACUAUGUUUGUAGCGAGGUUCCUACACUCGCACGGGUUCGAAGAGCAGUUCGAGCUUGCGACGGAGAAUGUACAGCCGUCAACCCAAUUCUCGGUUGCCCUGCUUUGGGUGAAGAAGAAAAUUGGGCAGAUGGAAUGGAUAUCAAAUGCGAAGACAAAAAUAAGCACCAUCUUGUUUCUCAUCUCCAGCUCGAUCCACUUAGCAUCGUGA